GAAGAAACCAUACACAAUCUCUUUUCUCUAUUGAAAAUGGAGAAGAAGCACGUGCUUGAUAACGACGAUGAACUUCUAGAGCGGCGCACUGGAUGGGACGGCCAACAUCUCGUCAACUACGAGGGCUUUUGGUUCCCGGAGAUGUUUCUCCCAUCAAUACGGUCCUCUCGAAACAACUUCGUCGCAAAAAACACCGACAUAAUAUUAGCAACGGUUCCCAAGUCAGGAACCACCUGGUUGAAAGCCCUCACUUUUUCCGUCGCCAAUCGCGGUAUCUACGCCGUCGAUCAAAGCCCUCUACUCAAAUCAAACCCUCACAAACUCGUGCCUUUCAUCCAAGAAUAUAUCGGUGACGAACAUGAUAAGCUGCUACCGAUGGAAAAUGUUUCCGACCCGAGAAUCUUGUCGAGCCACGUGCCUUUUGUCAUGCUGCCUUAUUCCGUCGCUAAAUCCGAAUGCAAGAUUAUCUACUUGUGCAGAAACCCUCUGGACCAGUUCAUCUCGCUCCACCACUUCUUCGCCAGCAACAAGAUCGAAAAAGAGGCCGUCCCACUUGGGUUCGAGGAAUCUUUCGACAUGUUCUGUCAAGGAAUCAUCGGAUUCGGCCCGUUUUGGGAGCAUAUGAUUGGGUACUGGAACGCCCAUUUGGAGAACCCUAAAAAAGUGUUGUUUCUAAAGUACGAGGAUUUGAAAGAGGACAUUGUUCUCAAUGUGAAGAAGAUUGCCGAGUUUAUGGGGUGCCCUUUUUCGGAGGAGGAAGUCGGAAAAGGGGUGGUGGAAGAAAUAUCGAAGCUGUGCAGCUUCGGGAAUUUGAAGAAUUUGGAGGUGAACAAGAAUGGAUAUGUUAUGGACGGUGUGUUGAAAAACAAUACAUUUUUCAGAAAGGGAGAAGUCGGAGAUUGGGCGAAUUAUCUGAGUUCUGAAAUGGCUGAACGCAUGAAGAAACUCAUGGAGAUCAAGUUCGAGGGCUCUGGUUUAACUUUCAAGAUCUGAAGUCAAGUCGAUCAAUCACUGAAUUAAGCUGUGAUUGUUUUGUUAUGUAUUUUAUUAAUAUUCUUCGAUUUCGAAUGCAUAUUAUAUUUUGUUGUUGUUGUUGUUGUUGUUGUUGUUGUUGUUGUUGUUGUUGAUUUGGAUCGAAAUAAAUGUAACUUUGGUGUUUUUGUUGAUUUAACAUUUGUGCU